AUGGGAAAACGCAAAACGCACCCCGGCCGUGCACACGACGUAUCCAAUCCGCCAUUACCGUCCGAAGCACAAGCAUCCGCGUCUUCCCACCACACCCGGCGCAAACGCGGCAAGGCCAUCAAAGCGGGCGAACAACCGUCACCGAUGCCGGACCCACACGCGCAGGACUACGAGAUGCCCACGUCGUCAAAACAAUUUGACUUCAUCAAUACUAGCUCCGUUGGGGAAUCUGAGACAUCGUUGCCGAGCGCGGAGGAUGUGCAGGCGAGUGAGACGGAGCUGGAAAUGGACCGGGAAAUGGACGUACCUUUGGCGCGGGACCCUCGCUGCGCUGGACAUGCGAGCGGCAUCGGUGUUGCCAGUGCGUAUGCGGGAGUAGACGAGCAGAGCGGUGUGCACGGAAUGCACCCGGAUCUUGAUGAAGAUGAGGUACAUGGUGCCAGAACGAUGAGCCAUGCCCCACCGGCUUCUGAGAGGAUAGGUGAGGUUUUGCGACCAGGCGGGAUAUCGGUGCCUAUGGCAAUGGAUGUGAUGCCAACGUAUCCGCGCAACCUCGCCGCUGCAUCGCAUUUCGAUGAUGAUGGGUACGCACUGCUCCACACGACCGGGUGGGAUUACAAUGACGAGACACCAACGCCCAUGUCGUCCUACCCGAGCACACUGGGCCACACGCCGUUGGCUCCCGGGAUGCACUUCCCGUUCCCUCCCAUGGAUCCGGGUGCUGUGGUGCGGUCGCAACCACCCUUGACGUCCGGGGAACUCCAUGCACUCCUCGGUGGCGACGAUAGAGCACCUAGUCCUCUUACGCAUGCGGGGAUACGCAUGGGUGAAUUCGAUUUCAUCGAGACUAGUCAGCCGGGCGGAUAUACUCCUGCUGAUGGCACGUUUUUGUUCACGGCGCCUGGAUCUGUGAACGUACCUGUGCCCGUGCAGAUGCAGUACCACACUCAAGCGGAUGUGUUCGACACAAUGAGGUUGCAUCCGGGCUCGCCUACGAACAUCAACGAUUUGUCGAGCGCUGGACCGGUGUCAACCGUCCCCCCGCUUUUCACAGCACCCGUAGAUCAUGCCGCCACAAACGGGAUCAGUAGUCCCGCCGUGCUGCCGCUUACGACACCACAUCCACCUACACUUCCAUUGUCACUGCCCCUGCCGCUUCCACGCGAUCUGGACCAGGAUGGAACGACACCCGUGCCCACACCGAUUUUUGGCUCGCAUGCGAUGAUUAUGGAACGGCCCAGCGGCGUUGAUCCCCUGCCACGCUUUCCUGCGCCGCAUACCAUACCUCCGACUGUACCACCGGUGCUGGAAGAAUAUGCGCCGCCAACUGUGGUAGCGCCAUUUGGGGUGUCGGGUGCAUCCGUCGGUAGCAUCCCGAUACCCUCAUCAGCCACCCUACCAUCAAAGACACCAAUCCCGCCACCGUACGUCCCACCGUCUACAACGCAUUUGAUGCAGAUUUCCGUGAUACCUUCGCCCAUCCAGCCACACACCCAUCCGUACCACAAUCUCUUAAUGGACCCGGUUCCCCUUCCCUCAUCGGCGCCUGCCCGACCAUUUGAGCAGCGGAAGGGCUCGAGUGUGAAUAUACCGCCACGACCACCUGACGCUAGAUUUGGGGGAACAUUCGGCUUGCGUAAUCCACCGCAGAUAGUGCCCGAUGCAGUGGAGACCCCCCUGGUGGUCUUCCCGGUCGAUGUGCAUGCUACCUCUGUCCCAGCACACGGCAUGCCGAUGAUGCCCACGUCUUCAAGCAUGCCGCCCCCAAACGUCAAUCCGGACGAGAUCCAGCCCUACGACGAUGAUCCAAUCCCAAGCACAUCGACAUCGACAACGGCGGCGGGGUUGUUCACUGCAUCGACCACACAUCAGUCUCCGCCUAUCCCCGCGACUCGCGGACGCGGCCGGAAACCCAAGACCCCAACCGGCACGGCAGCCCCGAAGGCCGUCUCCGACCCGAUGACUCCACAGACCGCUCAGCGACGCCGCGGCCGUGGUGGCGGACACCCUGCAAACGUGUUUUCGACGCCGCAUACGCAGAUGUCAAACCGGUACCAUACGCGCGCGGUGUCGGCGCGUGAGCUCGAGCUUGAGAAAACUGGGAUGGAUGAUGAGGAGUUCCUUUCUCAAACGACGCCGACGCCGGCACCUGGAGCGCGGAAGCGGGGUGUAUUGCCCGCAACUACGACAACACCUCCGCCGACAUCGGGCAUCGCACCUCUCAUCGCUACUUCUGCCAACCCACCUACCAGUACGGUCUCAACCACCACAGGCCGGCGGACAACUGCCAAACGCGUGCGGGUAGCGUCUCCUUUGCAUAUAUCCAUACCCAUAACGCAACCCAUAACCCCAACAAUACCGAUGUUCAAGGCAAAAGCCCGGGGCGGUCACACAAGAUCCACGGUGAGCGAGUCGCCAUGGGCAGAAGAAGAUGAAGAUAGCGAUGAAGAAGAUGGGGAAGAGGAGAUGAAGGCCGGUGACGAUGCAGUUGGGGAGCCGAGGGAGAAAGUUGGAGGCGGGAACGCAGAUGACGUGAAAGCGCCUUCAGGGUCGGAUGAUAUGCAGAAACGACGGGCGAAGAAUACAGAGGCCGCCCGCCGCUCCCGUCAGAAGAAAGCGUCCAAGAUCCAUACGCUCGAAGCGCACGCCUACACUCUCGAACAUCAGACAGCGCAUCUCACGCGCCAGUCUGAAUCGCAGACGACUAUGUUAGCCGAGACCUUGAAGCGGGAGGCUGAUCUGCGGGUGCGCGUUGCGGGGUUGGAGAGGCUGCUCGUGGAGAGCCAGAGGGUCGUGCUGGACCUUGUGAGGCGAGUUGAGGGGGUGGUUAGCGACGUGCAACAGCGUGGACAUCCGGGGAUGGGCAUGGUGAAUGCGCCUGUGCAGAUAGCUGGCGGGUUGCCAAUCCAACAACAGCCGCCACUGCCACUGGAGCAGAACCAGCAGAUGCGACCUCUGAGACCUUUCCAGAUUCCGAUGCCGGCCAAUCCAUUGCAAGCAACCGCAAUGCACGCGAUGGCCCCAUUGCACACAACGACGACCGUAGCGCCGCGUCGUCAAUCACACCCGGGGCCUCUACGAAUGCCACCGAACACAUUCGCAUCACAUUCCCACCGUCACUCAUUCGCGUUACCCGGGGCGGGGCCUGUGGGGCACCCCUACGACCAUCAUAUGCCGAUCGGGCCCCAAUCACCGUUGUCGGGAGGGCUGAACCAGACCAAUCGGAUUGAUACAGCGUCGUAUAUGGUGCCGCCUCGCCCGAUGAUGCUCAACGCGAUGGGACUGGAGGUACCCUCGCCGUCGUCGGUUGCCAUGGGUGGUAUCACAAACUUCUUGGAUGGCAUGGACAUGAGGAAUAUUGGGCGUACGUCUCGCGAUGGGGGGGACACAAUGAUGGGGGACGAGGUCAGGAUCGCAUCCGGCGUCGACCCUCCUGCCCCUCCGGAGGUUGGUAUGUCGAUACAUGACAUGCGGCGGUCUUCCAGCGAUGACCAUGAAGAGACGCGGAAUCUAUGCACAGACCGUAUGAUGGGAGGUGGUGAAUACAUUGCGCCACCACACAGCGAUUCCGACAUCGCGGCGUCUCCUCCCGUGGACGCCGAUGUAAAGAUGGAGGGUCAAGGCGGUCAUCAGCUUUUCGGGGACUCGACAGCAUUUUUCGCGUUCCGACCGGCCUCGAUCACGCCAUCGUCGUCACUCUCCGUAUUUUCGGACGAUCACAACGUGUAUGGCGACCCGCUUUUCCCCCCCACGGAGGGAAUGGAUAUGGACGGCGAUGGGUCCGUUGAGCCGGGAGAUGAUAUGAGAGGAAUGAGGACUGAAGAGACGGAAGAAGGUAGACGUGAGCUGACGGUGGUGUGGAGGGGCGACCCGUUGGGGUCUGCCUCGCCGCGAGCGGUCCUCAACGAAGGGAUAUCACAUUCGCAGGUUCCGGAUAGUACUGCCGACGAUGCUGGAGAUGCCACGCAGCGCACAGCAGACAAUGAGGAAGCUUGGAUGGACCUAAAUGCGGGUGUCAGUACAAUCAACAUUCGCACGCAGGCCGCAUCUAGCUCGUCAAAUGCCGACAUGUAUUCAGCGCUUCCGGCCUUCCACGACAAUGACACCACCGAUCCGAGUCAAAUGCAUUCCGUCUUGGCAAAGACUGACGAUGAGGACAUGGGCGAUGAGACGACCGGACCGAGCGCAUCAUCAUCCGCCGCGGAGAGAUACGUGCGCGAACACGAGCGUGAAUCCGAUCGCAGUGGUGCGGUGGAUGCGCUGUAUGCGCUCGCGGCAGUGGCGACGGCAGAGAUGCGGGGGGAGGAGCCGCGGUAG